AUGCGCUUAAUCAACGCAACUUCACUGGAGCUCGAAUUCUUCAUCGGGACGCCGCCGCCGUACGGCAUCCUCUCCCACCGCUGGGAAGAUGAAGAAGUCAGCUUCCAGGACAUGGAGUCCGACAAGGCCAAAGCGCUCAAGGGCUUCGCCAAGAUUGAGAAUUGCGCAUACCAAGCGCGAAAGGAAGGCUUGGGGUACAUCUGGGUCGACACCUGCUGCAUCGACAAGACGAGUUCGGCCGAGCUGUCCGAGGCCAUCAACAGCAUGUUCCAGUGGUACCAGGAGUCUGCCAAGUGCUUUGUCUUUAUGUAUGACGUGGCUGCUGCCGAUGAGUUUGAGGCCAGCCAAUGGUUUACACGUGGAUGGACACUGCAGGAGCUCAUUGCCCCCAAGCACGUCGAGUUCCUCACCAUGGAUUGGAAGCCGCUUGGAGACCGGGCUGCGCUCAAGGAUAGCCUCACAAAGGUCACGCGCAUCUCUGAGGAGGCGCUCAUGGGAGCUGAUCUGGCGACAAUCCCGGCCUGCCAAAAGAUGGCGUGGGCUGCCAACCGCAGGACCACAAAGGCAGAAGAUCUGGCCUAUUGUAUGAUGGGAUUGUUUGGCGUCAAUAUGCCGCUACUUUACGGAGAGGGCGAGGAGAAAGCCUUUAUGCGUCUGCAGGAGCAUUUCCUCAAGGAAUCUGACGAUGAGAGUAUCUUUGCUUGGAUGAGUGACGAAGAGACGGCUAAAGCCAAGCCGUUUUGGGGAUUAUUGGCUCCUUCACCAAAGUUUUUUGCUGGCGCUGAAAAGUAUACGCAGCCCCAAUUCUCGGCAUAUCGUGAAGGAAACCCUACCGAGCUGACCAACCGAGGACUACGAAUCUCGUUAGUGCUGCAGCCAUUGUCAUUGAAUGGGACGGAGCUGCUUUACAUCGCUGCCCUUUCGUGCUGUCAUAAACCUGACGAUCCCGGAGAUUUAAACUCGUCAUUUUCCAUCACUCUCCAAAAGAUGUCUGGGCCCGAACCGCAAUAUGCGCGUAUCCGCCCGGAUCUCAUUUUGCCUCUCGGCCCAGACUAUUCCAAAGAGGGCAAGCCUCUUCGAGCAUUGCUUCGUGGGUUGGAUCGCGAUCCGCUACGUUUCGAGCAGAUAUUUGUGCGACCUGUGCCCAAGGCGACACAAGAAGUGGCUGGAUUCUGUAUCAACGGAAUCCAAAGCUUUGAACACGAAUACAAAGAUGUGGACUACGACGAGACGUUCCACGCGCGUCAAGCAUAUGAGCGAAGGUACAACGAAAACAUGGGCUAUCAUCGGCCGAUAGGCAGUGCGUAUACCGACGUCAUAAGGACUGGCACUGCGCAGUACACGUUUGAGGACUGGGACGAAGGCAUGAAGGUGAAGCAUUCUCUGAUUCAUCUGCGUGAUGCUAGAGAAAACGACAUGGUUGUCAGUUCGAAAGAUGGACGUAAGUACACCAUUUGGAGUUGGAAGCUCAAGACUCGGCUCCUCAACCAUAAAGGCGGAGUUCAUAACCCAUUUGGAUCCAGACAGGACCCCGUACUUAUUGUCGGCCUGGAAAAUUACCCCGAUAACCCCCUGGGCCCGCGGGUUGAGCAUCAGAAGCCAUGGUAUACUUUUGCUGAUAACACCAGCCAGGCUUACCAGCAACGAUUGGUUAAUGGUGACGAGCCCCUGGAAUUGAUUUAUAAUGGUGGGCCUCUGGAUCUAGUCAAGGUGGAAUUCGUUCCCGCAACGUAUAGGUAUCAGACAUUUUGGGACGUGAGAUUUGUCGAGGUGGAAAAGGAGCCCGAGUACCUGGAUCUACCUAGGAGAUAA